CAGCACAGCACAGCACCAGCGCGAGCACAGCAUGGCAGAUCCGCUGUAUGAGCUGCUGGCUCGCUAUUUCGACACCGACACAGCACUCGCAGCAGCGCCUUCACCUCACGAUCCGCAGACGGCCAGCUACCUCUCCCGCCUCGGCGCCCUCUCCCUCGCCGACCUCACCUCCAGCGAGCCAGCCUCGCUGCUGCAGUCGGCCCAGUCGCAUCUGCGCAAUCUGCAGGCGCUCUCCAAAAGAUCUCACAAGGCUGUCAUCAGCUCGUCCUCGCACCUCGCUCAUCUCACAUCGCUGCUGCCGGAGUUUGGCUCUCAGGCGCAGGUUCUGGGCAGCAGCGUUCCCGGCCUCGAGAAUGCAGCCGCAGACUUUGCCCACAAAUACGAUCGAAGUACGGAGAACGAAGUGUUGGACAGGCGGAAACGAGCAGUUCUUCUCUCUCGCAACGUGGACAGAGUCUCGGAUGUGCUCGACCUGCCCAACUUGCUGUCCUCGACUGUUGCCGCUGCGCAGGCGAGCAGCUCAGGGAGUGCGACAGCGAGCGGAGCAACAACCUCAUAUGCAUCUGCGCUAGAUCUGCACGCCCACAUCAAGAGAUUGAAGGCGUUGUAUCCACAGUCCGACCUCAUGGCCAACAUCUCGACACAAGCGGAAGAUGAAAUGCAGAACUUGGCUACUAUUCUCAUCGGUUCCCUUCAGAGCCCCAACUUGAAGUUGGCUGCGGCGAUGCGAACCAUAGGAUGGCUGCGAAGGGUUGCGCCAGACCUUGCAGCACAUGUUUCCCCGAUAUCCAAGCCAGGUCUGCUCACUACCAAAACCUUGGAGUUGUCGGCUAAUGCUGUGAAUGACGAUGGCGCGAUAGGUUCGCUGUUCCUGGUAUGCCGUUUGCGUACCCUGCAUGAAACAUUGGACGCUCUAGAACCACUGCGCGAUCUCGCAGAUGCAGAGACGGCACAACGAAAGGCAUCACCGACCACCAACGGUAAUUCUGCAAGAUCCAUGGCAGAAUCAUCCUCUUUCGUGUCUUCUGGAACGCAGAGCGAACGUUUCCUCAAGCGUUAUAUCGAGGUAUUUCGUGAACAGAGCUUCAACAUUUUAAGCAUGUACAGGAGCAUAUUCCCGGCGAAUUUGCCAAGCCCCGACAACAGCAGGACUGCCAGCGCAUCGAUGGCUUCCAAUGCUGACGAGCACCCACUACUUCCCUUGCCUUCUCCUGUAUCUGAUUUUGCGCUGCAUCUGGUCGACAUGCUUGAGGUGACACUUCACGAGUAUAUGCCCAACAUCUCCGAUAAGUCUUUUCGAGAGUCUUUGCUCACGCAAGUCCUCUACUGCGCCGGCAGUCUAGGGAGGCUGGGUGCGGACUUUGGCAUGAUGAUUGCUUUGCUUGAGGAUGAUCUAGCAGAGCACGAUAACACUGAACUCGAGACUUCUGCAGACAAUGCUGAACUUGAGCGGGAAUGGGAGCAAGUGAUGAAGAAACAUCGCAUCCAAGCCAGUAGAUUGGAGGUACUCGCCAGAGGCGUAGGCACAUCGAGGAAGGUCAGCACCGAUCUGACGUCGCCAAGCGCGAUAACGCCAGUAGCACAGUCUCUAUCAGCAGGCUGAACAACACGAGGCUAUCGAGAUAUCGUGAUCAAGAAGCAAUCCAAGAAAAGCUUAAGGGAUGAUGUACAAUGUUUGUAUCUGGACUGAGCCGAAUUACGAUUUAUGCUAUUAUCCUACACCAAAUUUUCGAGUGUCUUCUGACGAAUUGAGAAUCAAUCAAAUUUUCCGGUCCCGAGACUCCACGCUAAACGUCACUAAUACUGAUUGAAAAGCGAAAUUCCGAGUGAAGACGCAUGCGUUGUUAUGGACGCCAAAAUUGCACCCGUCCCUCCAUGUAUACCAGGACAACAAAGAUUGUGCCUAGUAUGCAGGUACAGUCUGUACGCCUAUAGGUGGCGCGUAGUAAGAGUAGCUGGGGGGUAACUCGUUCCUCACAAAAGUUGGUGAAGCAGGUCUUUGAAGGACACUACUCCCAAGGAACGCUUCACUCGGGAUGUGCAACGUCCGUGGUUCAAAGUACUCUUCGAAGUCUUCCUCGCGAAGCUCGUGCUCACCGCGGCCAUCGGUGACAACAGAGGACUGUCUCGGCUCCCAGUCUUCAUGUCCAGAGCAAGAUACUUGGAUGGGCAGUUUGAGAUCAAUGGUGCCGACGACUCCCUUAUUCUGGAGAUGAAGUUCGAAUUUGACUUGGUAGAUGCGGCUGAUCAGACAUGAGUGGAAUGUUGGGAUAAAGACUUUGUUUUCUGGUAAGACGAUGGGAGCCUCCAGUUGGGCGACAUAGAAGGUCUUUCCUUUGUAGUCUUUGCUGGCAUCGGGGAUGAAAGUGCUCACUGAGCAAGCAGAGUCACGACGGGCUGCAGUUUCCGACUCGUAUGUAGUCCAAAUUUCGGCUUUUCCGGAUUUGUCCUCGGGGUCUGGCCCUCCCACCUUGCGACUGACCAGUGUAAGCUGCUCACUAUGUAUUCCCUGAGAAGGAUCCUGAAAGGUAGCUCGCUUGGUUGGGUAUGAUUGUCGGGCAGUACUGGCAAAAUAAGUGUUGACCUUCAGUUUGCUGGCCAGAUUGCCAAGUCGAGGCGGGGCAGCGUGCUUGUCCGCAGGGUCAAAGCGAAGCAUAAUCUUUGCGGUUGAUGGCCUGCUGGAGUUCCCACAGGCAUGCAUACGGACUGCUGAAGGUUGGACGGUCUCCAUGACGAUCGUACCGGCCUUGCCUUGAAGCACGCCUUUCCUGAUGACUUUCUCCUUGCGAUAGCGAUACUCGUCGUCAUCGUCGCUAAUGGGCAGUGGAGGCUGCUCUUGGAUAAUGGGCACGACCCGGACUUUUUUGCCAUAAUUUGCAAGUGUCUCACGCGUUCCCUCGUUCUCCUUGAUGAUCCGAACAUGCACUCCAUAUCGCGUGCUUACCAUGUCUGGUGCCAAGUCAUCAAGAGGCCGUCCAGUUGCCGGGUCUUGACGAUCGCAUUCGCGAUCACCCAUCGUCGGAGGGAGCUGUAAGUGAGCCUCCCGGACGCCUGGAGCUUUGCAAGCAUGUCCGCAGACCUUGGGUAGUAGUUGCUCGGGAAUGACAAACAAGAAAGGGAACGUGUACGUCUUCUUGGCCUUGAGAACCCGAUCUUCAGGAUAAAGAUCUUGCACCGACUUGUCCUGUAACUUCAGAAACUGAUGGAAUGCUUCGGAUCGUCCUGAGACGGCCGCUGCUGCUGUCAGGCGCUCGACAGAAGUCUUGGACGUGCCGACAAACUCGAUAUCGAUGUCAUCAAAGCUGGUCCUCGUAGAUGCUGUGAUUGAAAGCACUCCUUCGAUGCGAUCCAAGGUGGUAUAUGUUGAUUGCGGAUCCUUGAUGUCGAUAUGGAUAGCGAUCCUAUGGCCGAGGCCUGCAGCCUUCCGGAGAGCGUCCAUGUUUGCUGCAUUUUCGGGGCUGAGGCGGCGAACGGUGGACGACAUAUCUACCUGCGCCGAAGUCGCGUACCACUGCAGUGACUCUCCCGACCCCCGUUACAAAGCAGCUGUGGACAGUGAGCUCGACGUGGCCAAUCAGCUAGCUCUGCUCCAACGCCAAUGAUGCGGGGAUGGAGCGACGUUCUUUGGUCCGGAAGGGCGCAAUGCGUAGGUAAUGAGCUGAUCGCUGCACUCCUCUGGCCACGUGGUUGGAGCUCUAGUAUCCCUUGUCGAAUGAUGGUUCCCGUAUGGAUGUGCUCGUCGAGGUCCCCGUGGUUUGUCUUGUGAUGAUGGUGGUGCUGGAUGGACAAGGCAGGCGCAGGUAGCUUAAUGCUGGUCCUGUAACUCCUGUUGAUGAGUAGUAGCCUAGUAGGUACUAUGUACUUGAUUGACAGCUUGACGGUAUUGAUCGAUCGUGCUGACUAUCUCUACCUAGGGUAUAUAUGCG